GGGAAACACACGAGAGGUUACUGCGAAGGCGUAUCUGUUUCCGGGUCAAAAGUUGAAGCAGGCAAAAUGGAGGUUGCGACGGCGACGGAGGCGUCGGCGCCGGCGGCGAGCGGCGGGGCGAGCAGGCGGGGGCACCCGUUCCCGUGGCUCGACGUGGCCAUCUCGGAGCCCUACUACUUCCUCCACCUCAUCGCCUUCUUCUCCUACUUCGCGGCCCGCACCACGGCGCCCUCGGCCGAGGACGACGCCGAGCUCCACAGCCGCCUUAUCCGACGGGAGAUCCAGGCGGUGCUCGUGUUCCUGGUGCUCUUCACGGUGAAGAUUGUUAAGGAGGAACACUGGGAGACAUUCAUCGCUGAUUCAUUGCUCUACGCAAAGGGUCUCUUGUUGGUUGUUACUUUUGUUAUUGAUUAUUGGUUGACUGUCGGCUACCUACUGGGAUUUAUCGUUAUAUAUGCUAUGGCUCAACAGCCACCUUAUGAUGGCCUAGGUCAUUUAAAUCAUUUGACCCCGUUGCAACUGGAAAGCCUGCUAACUGAAGAGCCAACAACACGAUUUUGGCUGGUUGAGUUCCGGACUUCCUUUUUAACACCAUGUAUACAAGCAAGCAGUGUCAUGCCUGAACUCUCUAACUUAUACUCCAACAAGAACAUUUCUUUUGGAUUAGUUGAUCUAGGGCAUUUUCCAAAUGCUGCAGCGAGGUUUGGAAUAUCCAUGUGGGACCAUCUUCCCACUUAUAUACUGUUUGACAAGGCGACUGAAGUUGCUCGGCUCCCAGAAAUCGGAAACGGAACAAAAGUAUUCGUGCCAAAAGUUACCAAGAAGCUUCUCUGCCAUCACUUUGAUCUUGACAGGAGACUGAUUGAAUUCCUGUCGACCUAGUUGAUCCAUCGUCUAUCCCAGGUGUCUCGAAUUGAAGGUGACAAUUCGGACGAGAUAAAUGGACCAGACAGUUGUGUGGAAACGAUUACUUCAGGGGAGCAUCUUCAAGAAGCUUGUUUUAUUCGAUGGGUUUGGUUGCGCCCAUCCAAUCCAAGGCCAGUAUACUUUGUGGCGACAAAUAUGUUUUCGCAUCUUACUACGAUCUGUCACUUCUUGAAUUCUGGAACGUUACUGCCACUGUACAGAUCUUGUAAUGAUUCACCGACCAUGCUUUGCACUGCAGUAGUGGUCAAUCCAGACACCAUUCGUUUCCA